UCGAGAAGAACCAUCCGGAAGUGCCUAAAUGUACACUUGAAAAGGACCUUGCCUCUCUCUUUACAGCCCCCGCUAACAAGGUAAGUCCGUCUGAGGAUAAGCCAACUAGUGGGGCUGGGGUGAAGGGCAACACCUCUCCCGGCGGUGGAAAGACAGCUUCGGCUGUUGCACCACCAACGGAAUCUAGUGUAGCCCCCACCACUUCUAACUCAGGAAAACGGAGGAACAAAAGGAAGGACGCCCCUAACGGAAAUCCUGCCCCGGUGGAACCAAAGGAGGCCAUAUCCUCUUCUCGGGUAACGAUGAAGAGAGAACGGUCAACGGAGGAACCACAUCCCGAGGCAAAGAAACCGUUAACGGGCAAACUUCCUCCUCCGCCAACUGCGGCUUCUACGCCAGUAGCUGUAGCUGGUAGGGAGGUAGUGGCAAGGCCGGUGCAAGCAGCCUCAGUGGACCCUAGGUCUGCUAAGGCGAAGCCUGCUACCACCAACCCACAACCUUCAAGCCAGACAUCAAGGAAGAGGAAACACUCCCAAACCCUGUACCCGGACAAUCUCCGUGUAGCGGUCAUCGACCGAGCUGAGCCGGAAGGCAAAAUCAGCGAAAGUCGGUGGCUUCUCAUUGAGGACCGUCUGAGGGAACAGGUUUUCCUGGGGGAGGAUCCUUCUAGGUUACGGUUUGGCAGUGCUACCGUCUACAAGGGAGUGAAGGUCAUCUGCUGCGAAAAUGAGGAGUCAAAGAACUUCCUCGUGACCGCAGUAGCUGGCCUUCAGGAACUUUGGGAUGGAAGUGCACUUGCUGCUGUAUCCCUGAAGGAUAUCCCCUGCAGGAGGAUUUUGACAGCAUGGGUGCCGCCGCCCUCUGUGGACCCGGCACGCGUGCUGAUAAUAUUGGGGAAGCAGAAUCCCAAUCUCUGCACGGACGGCUGGCGUUUGGUUGGCUCAAGUACGGAGGGAGGGGGCCUGGUCAUAAAGGUUUCUGUUGAUACUGCUGGCCAGGAAUACCUUCAGGCUCGUGGAGGGAAAUUGCACUUCGGCACAGGAUGGAUUCGGUUCCGUCUAACGCCGCCGUCGCAGUAGGAGAAACGAAGCCACAGCUGCUUAGCAUUGUGCAGAUUAACCUGCAUCACUGCAAGGCAGCUGGGGCUGAGCUUCUCCUAUCCCUCUCCAAGCUUGAAGUUGACAUAGCCCUGGUCCAGGAACCUUACAUUUUUAAGAAUAAGGUAACUGGGCUAGGGAGUGAGCGGUACAUCACCUAUGCCACCUCCAAUGGGGAAAAGCGGAGGAGACGCCACAGCGGUCAGACUGGAGACUAGGACGGGCAAAACACUAUUCCUCGUCUCCCUGUACCUUCCCUUCGAGCACCCCGACCCACCAGGCCAAGUGGUAGAGGAGCUGGCCUCAGUACUGGGUGGAAAAGGCGGCCUCAUCAUUGGAUGCGAUGCAAACGCUCAUCACUCUCAAUGGGGCAGUAGUAACACCAAUGCCAGAGACUAGGAUGAUCACAAUGGGCCAGUAGGUCUCCGAGUGGAGUGGUUGUUGUUUUUACACAGCCACACAUCCUUUAACCUAACCUAACCUAAUAUUAGAAUUGGUAAAAACGAGAAACACAUCAUCCGCAUAUAAGAGAGG